UUUUACGUUCGGUGGAGGUGCGUCUGACACAGCCAGAAAGAGGAACUGUCACAUCCUGUUGUGUAAGUCAGCUAAAUGGAGCAGCAGCAGCAGCAGCAGCAGCAGCGGGGCCCCUGUAGCUUUACCCCGGGCCGGUCUGCAUGCUGCGAGGCAGGGGUCUCCUCCGCUCAGCCCACCAUGCGUUUGUCCAUCACCUCGACCACCGGCAGCCCGGUGGAGCUCACUGUCCCUCGAGGAGAGACUGUGGAGGGACUGAGGACGCACAUCUCCCAAAAACUCAGACUGCAAACAGACAGAAUCGUCCUCCUUUAUAGAGACAGGAAGCUGACUUCAGGAAAACUGUUGGAGCUGGGUAUUGCAGAUGGCAGCAAACUGACCCUGGUUCCUGUCAUUGAAGCUGGUUUAGUAUGCUCGACUGCUGGAGCUGAGAGAACUAUGAUGGAUGUUUUACAAAGUUUAACAGAAGUCCAGAUCAGUGACUUCCUGUCUGGGCGCUCUCCUCUGACCAUUAACCUGGGAAUUGGUGCCCACAUGAUGUAUGUGCAGCUCCAGCUGUCUGCACAGAACGUGGCGGAGUUGCAGCAGCACCAGGACUUUGCAGCAGGGAGCUGCAGCGAGCUUCAGACUGGACUGCCCGCAGCAGUCAGGAUGAGCAGCUCUCCCUUAGCUUGGUCCACUAACACCACAGGAUCCAAUACCUCACCCAUUUCCCAACCCUCUAUUCUAACCUCAGACUCUACAUCCUCAGUCCAAUUUAGCUCUCUGAGACCCAGAAGUUCCUUUAACUCAACAGCACCCACUUCCCACUCAUCUACCACUGGCUCUGGUGUGAUCUGCCAUCACCACUCAUCUCCACAUCAGUCCUGUCCUCCCCACUCUACGCACACAUCUUCCCCUAUUCUUUCAACCUCUUUGCCUUCUGGUUGUCCACGUCCCAGCUGUCCACCACAAGCAGCCACAGCAGUCUGUUCACCUGUUCCCACCGGCUUCAUUCCUGGACCCCAGAGCCCAGUGCCAGCCUCAGCCUUCAAAGAGGGAAAUGUUCAUGCCUCAUCUGCAGCAGAUCUGUGCAAGCAGCCAGGAGCAGUCAUUGACAGUUUUGUAAAUCACUCUCCAGGCCUCUUCUCUGGGACUUUUUCUGGCACUCUGGCUCCUUGCAGUCAGAACAGCAGCAGCCAUCCUCGCAGUGGCAUCUCCGUCAUUCUGCAGAUCCUCAAUGACCUUCUCAGGGCUGCCUACCGCCACCAGGGGGCUCGACCCACCCUUCCUCAUCUCCACUGUCCUGCUCCAAACCCUCCGGUCAGCCGCCCCCUCACAGCAGAGGAGCAAAGCAAAGCAAAAAGCAAAACACUGGUGACCCAGAGGCCUGAGCAGCUCAGUAAAACUCCAGGCGAGGAGACUUGCUCCCUCCACACAUCCACACAGGAGAAUCGAGCGUUGCACUGUAAGCUAGAGCGCCUGCAGUUUUUGAUGCAUCAGAGGCGCCUUCGCAGGCGGACUCGCAGGAACUCGCACCUCUCACCUACGUCUCACCCGUACCAGCAUCGCCCCUAGUCUCCCAGACAGAACUACCCACUGUGAUGGCAGUAUCAGCUUUCUGAUGAGCAAGGGCGCCUCCCUCGAUGACUAGAAGGAACCAUCAUGGAAACCAGAGCCUGACCCCUGACCUUGUGGAAUGGGUGAAGUGCACUCUGGGCCACUUAAGGUUUCGGAGUGGGAGAUGUUUGUUGCUAUUUUUACACUGUGAGCAUUUCUGAAGAAUGUAAGCUCAAAAGAUCCAAGGAGUAUGACUCCUGUGGCGGCCACUGCACUGUUGCUUCAUCCGAGUACGUCCUUUAGUGACAAAGGCUCUCGUUGUUAUGUAGCAUAAUGUCACAAUGGUUCCAAUAUAUGUUUUCAUGUUAAACAUCUUGGUGUUUUGUACAAAGAUCUCUUUCUGUAUGUUUGUUUAUGUAUUCCAAUGCCUUAACCGUACAUGUCUUGAAUGUAAACUGUGUUCUUUUGUUCUGUGCAGAGGGCUUUCCUCUAAAAUGUUUUACUUAUGCAAUAUUAAAAUGUAAACACAAGGAAGGGGGGUGCCAAGAAUAAAGGAUACAAUUGGAAAAACAUAA